GCAUCCCUCCUACAGGAUCUCUAGAGUACUCAUCUCUAUAGUGCUUUAAUAUUAGGCCUUAUUUUAUGAUUUUUCAUUUGUGGAUAAGUUAGUAAUAUUAUAAACUCUACGGAGCUAACUCGAACUACGAUUUUCGAUAAUUGCGCUGAAAAAAUAGAAUAUCGAUUGAGUCGUUUGAACACACGUGGUGUUUAUUUAUUAGAAAUGAAAAGGUUCGUUCAAAAAAUUCACAACUUACGUUAUUAUUAGUAUUAUGCAAGGGACUUUUUUCAAAGAAAUUGUAUCUCCGUAAGAAGCAAGUACGAAUCUUCGUUUCAUCUUUUACAUUGAUAGACGACGUAAUAUUGGAUCUCAUUGCUUCACUACUUCAGUAUAUAACAUCUUAAUAAACAAUUAAAAAAAAUGGUACCACUCGGACCUUCACCGAGUCAUCAAUCAUCUAUUAAUAAUUCGUCUACUACAUCUGCUACUGGAACAAAAAAUAGUGCAACGUUGAAACCAGGUUAUUCAUUAAAGUAUACACUAGCAGGUCACAACAAAGCUGUAUCAUCUGUUAAGUUUAGCCCUAAUGGAGAAUGGUUAGCAAGCUCUUCUGCUGACAAAUUUAUCAAAAUUUGGGGAUCUUAUGAUGGAAAAUUUGAAAAAAACAUUACUGGUCAUAAGCUUGGUAUUUCGGAUGUUGCCUGGUCUAGCGAUAGUAGGUUGUUGGUAUCUGCUUCCGAUGACAAGACAUUGAAAAUAUGGGAGUUAAGUUCUGGAAAAUGUUUAAAAACGUUAAAAGGCCAUAGUAACUACGUCUUUUGCUGUAAUUUUAAUCCUCAAUCCAACCUUAUAGUUUCAGGAUCAUUUGAUGAAAGUGUCCGCAUUUGGGAUGUAAGGAGUGGAAAAUGCUUAAAGACGCUUCCAGCUCAUUCAGAUCCAGUGAGCGCAGUGCAUUUCAAUAGAGACGGUUCUUUAAUUGUCUCCAGCAGUUACGACGGUCUUUGUCGAAUUUGGGACACGGCAUCAGGACAAUGCCUAAAAACACUUAUAGAUGACGAUAAUCCACCCGUAUCCUUUGUAAAAUUCUCACCAAAUGGAAAAUAUAUCUUAGCUGCGACAUUGGACAAUACGUUGAAACUUUGGGAUUACAGUAAAGGCAAAUGUUUAAAAACAUACACGGGUCAUAGGAAUGAGAAAUAUUGCAUAUUUGCCAAUUUUUCUGUAACCGGAGGAAAGUGGAUUGUAUCAGGUUCUGAAGAUAAUAUGGUGUACAUAUGGAAUUUACAAACAAAAGAAGUAAUGCAAAAAUUACAGGGACAUACAGAUGUUGUACUCUGCACGACAUGUCAUCCAACAGAAAACAUUAUAGCUUCUGCUGCUCUCGAAAAAGAUAAGACUAUCAAACUAUGGAAGAGUGAUACAUAAAACAAAUUUUUCUAUCAGUUAUUGAUUUUGCCUGUACAAAAUGUGCUUUUAUAUUAUAGAUACCAAUACAUUAAGAACAUAGCAUUCAAGCUUGAAAGAUGCUGUUUUUAUUUUCUUAAAUGUCACAAUUCGUUAAAUUAAAUAAAAACUAAGUAUAUACAUUAAUUAAAAAAGUACAUACCUGUAAAGCGUGUUAUUAUGUGAUUUGUAAAAAUUGGAGAUUAACUUCUUGCGGUGGCAAGAAAUUCACGGUUACGCGUCCCAGAACAGUUGAGUGCAAAUCUCUUCGCGGCGCGGUCAGGUAGCGUUCGGACAUGUUACACACAAUGA